AUGCCCGAUUCUUCACGUACCCUGGGUGAUAUCGAGGAUAUCGAUAAUGCGGAGCUGAAGACACAGCUUAAGAAAUGGAUCGAAGAGGAAGGUAUCGAGACUAAUAUUCAGCUACAAAUGAAGCGCAAUUUAAUCGAAAAAAUGAGCCGCACAGCACUGGGCAAGAAAAUUGCACUCAAACUACAAACCCAGCAGGGCAUCGUCCUUUCGCCGCUCGUGCUCGUCCUGAAUACACUAGUGGCCGAGUUUCUUUACACACAAAAUUGCCACUUUUCACUAUCGAUUUUCACCAACGAGGUUCCGUUCAAGAACACACUGCCGGACUUUACGCGGUCCCCAAAGUUUCGGCUCAAUCACACCGAAUUGGGCGAAAUUUUCGAAGCCCUCGGCAUUGAACACCACACCGGGCUGGUGGAAAAGUACGAAAAGUUCGGCACUGACCAAGGCAGCCGGUCGCUGCUGUACAUCGUGUUCAAAUCGAUCCUAACCUCGGUCAAGGUGCAGGAGACGAAACUGCGCCAGCUAGAACGAGCGGACCGGCGAACCACGAACGCUCGAAACUUGGUGAAACAGCUGGAGGUAAAGAAGCUGCACCGCAAUGUGGAGAAACUUUUGCACCGUUUAAAGACGGUCGGCAAAGCGAUCACACAUCUGGACGAAACCCAGCGAAAGCAUCAGGAACAGAGUGUACCGAUGGAUGCCAACGGAAACCAGUGUAAGGAAGGACGGGACGAAACGCCAUCAUUGCGGAUGUGUUCGGAAAAUGUUUCCCGGCUUGUCGAACGGCUCGAAUCGUGUACGAAGAUGUUCGAGCAGCUCAUCGAAGCAAUUCAACAACAGCGGAAUGAGGAUGGACAGCCGGCAAAGGCAGCUACGAACAACGAACACGAAGGAGAAGUCGGUGAAACAAAACGCCCCCGGCGAGAAAAGAAAACUUACACGGAGUUUCUGCACGAGCUGAAAGCGACCGAACAUGGCAAAAAGUAUGUAGCAAAGUUGCAAAAACAAGUUUCCCAGCUACUCGAUAAGGAAAAGUCACAACUAGAGGCAAGGUACGCCAAACGGGUGCAGCAACUUGAAAAAGAGUAUCAGGAAAAGAUGGAAAAAGCUGCUAGCAGCGUCAAGUUAACGGACACGGCUGUACUACCGGAUUCGCGAAGGCAACGUUCCUUAUCCCCGGAGCGGCACAAAAAAGAAAUUGAGAGUCAACAUUUUAUGCGAAAAAUUGAUGAAAAACUUGACCAGCUGUACAGGCAGGAGCGCAAAGUGGAUAAUAAGCUGGCCACAUUACGACACGAUCUGCAAAAACAGGAGCAACGCCAAAGCAGUUAUUUUGAGUCAUUGAAGGCAGCCAAAACGAAGGAAGGUAAGCUAAACGUGCUGCACAGCGUGGAACGUGAGUUGAUGGCAACGUUUGAGGACGAAACGAAUGCAAUCAUUCAAAAUGCAAAGCAAACGAUCGAACAACUCGAAAGGGAGAGUGAUAAGAUAAACCACUCGUUCCAACGAUACCUGCAAAAGCAACGAGAGGACAAGCGAAAACUCAUCAAUGAAAAGGUUCAAAUAUGGACACGAUACAACGACGAAAAGCUAGAGCUUAAUCAGAAGGAACUUUUGGAUAGCGUUCCCGAUGAAGCAAACGUUGAGCAUUUCAGACCGAUCUCAACGACGAUUGUUCCGGACGUGACGAUACCGAUUAAGCUACCAGACGAUGCGUCCCAGUUUGAGAAUCCUUUUCGAUCCUUUAAUCCACUGAAAUAUCUUAGACGUGCUCGUCCUAUGGAAAGGGCGACAAUUGAUGUUGCUAUCGCUACUAGCACCGAUAUUGCACAACAAACUUCACCCGAAGAUUUGCCUAUAUUGGAACAAAGCCGGCCAGUUCCCCCCGCAAGGACGAAAGAUCAAACAGAACAACUUUCCGAGACGCUAGCAAAAGAUACAAGAGAUUUGCGACGGAGUAUUGAGGAAAACCUACAAAAACUUGACCAAAUGACCCGAUCGAAAUCGAACAGUUUAUCGGGAAAGCAUCCGGUCAUGGGACUGUCGUAUGAAAUUGAACAACCGGCCGAUAUGGGUUUAAAAACUCCCGCCAAACCACUCCCAACUGUAGAACCAUCAUCCAACCGCAGCUUGGACGAUUGUUCCAGUGCAGAGCUAGGUUUAUCUGACGGUGAAAUCGUUGUACCUACGGCUAACAAUUACCAAUUAGGUGGGGUUUUGCCGGUACCGGGCACUUCUCAAGAUAUAUUGGAUUACGCGUCACAAAAUAACAUCAACGAACGAACCGAUGGGAAGCUGCUGAAAGUACUCCAACCACAACCAACGGGUAUAACUGCCAGCUUGAGUGAUCUAUCCUUUAGCAGCGUGACAAGCAAACUUUCCUUCGAGAAAAGCCAAAGUCUAGAUGGAGAGAUGGACCGCAUUUCUACCGGCGCUCGUUCAAACAUUUCCGAAAAUAGUUGGACAUAA